AGUAAACACAAACAAACUCUAUGCAUCCUUUGCAGAGAUGUGACCUGCGGAAAGCUGUUUUGCCACAAUGGCAACGAAAACCCAAACUACGGCCGCAUGGUCAGGGUGGGAGACUGCAAGGCAGCUUUCUUUGAAGACUACACGAAGGACUACGGUCAGGUGGACACUGGGACGAUGUGUGGAGACGGAAAGGUGUGCAGCCAGAAUCAGUGCGUGACACUUGAGACGGCUUACCGGAACAUUAACUGCUCCGCUAAAUGCUCCGGCCACGCUGUUUGUAAUCACAGAAGUGAGUGUCAGUGUGAGCCUGGCUGGAUGCCUCCUCGCUGUGAUUCAGAGGACGGCUCCUUCAGCUCUUUCUCUACAGGAGUGACUGCUGCCAUCAUAGUGACGGUGAUACUGGUGCUCCUGGGUGUCGUCGCCGCUGCGGUGGGGGUCAUCUGGAAGAAACGACAAAGCCCCAUCCUGCCGACAACACAGGCACAGAGGAAGCCGCCUGUCGUGAGCAGCUCCGCUCGCCACCUGAACAAAGUGCCGAGUCAGCCCAGGCCGGUCCGACAGGCUGGGAGGCCAAAACCCAAAGGAGCUCCACCUCCACCGCCUCCUGCAGGGAACAGACCCAAACCCCCGAGUCAGAACUACAUAGCUGCACGUCAGGCUCUGAGGCCGGUGCCUCCACCGAAAGUCUGACGUCUGACGCAGUGCCAACUAUUAGCAAAUCAGGGGGAGACUCACCUUCGUCCUUUUUUUCUCUCUAAGAGGCUGCUGGUAAUCCAGACAGACAGACAGUUUUUAUGAAUGCUGUCCUGUCACCGCUUUGCAGCUUUUUACUGCAGUGCUGAAGCACCACGAGUGUUUGUACCAGCGAGGUACAGUCUGCAGGAUGGACAUCCUGGACUCUAAUUGUUACUGGAAUGAUGUGCACUGAGGACUUCAACGCAGGGAUUCACUUUUAUUUUUAUAAAUCACUUUUUUAUACUGUAAGGUUCGAGUGGCCUGUGAGCCAGAUCUUGUGUUUUGUCACAGUGAUGGUACAGAAUAUGUGGACAUAACUGGAUUUAACUGUCAAACAGUUUUCAGUCUUUUUUUAUCCUCAGAAAUAUCUUGAGCUGCUCUGAUUAACUCUGCUGUGAUGGUAAAAAAAUUCUGUCACUGAGGUGCAUUGAAGUGCAAUGUACUAGAAAUGCUAACCCAAAGACUGCAGUUACCCCGCUACUCACAGGUUUUGUAACACGCUACAUGUCUACAUUUUUGUUAAAUCUCAAGCCAAGCCUUCUUGAAAAUACAGCGAAACCACUGACCAAUUUUUAGUCAUAUUUAUAUAUAUAUAUAUUUAUCAUACAGUCACAUGCUGUAGGAUUUUGCUCAUUAAAUCACAGCUCUGUAUGGGUGAACUAUGUGCAGCAGAUUCUGCCUCUGCUGAUUGUUGAGCUACAAGCUCCUAACUAGUGCUUUAUCAGAGGUAUCUCCACCUCCACUUACAUUAUAUAUAAUAUGUCUGACAAGUGCUAGAAUCCAAAGUUUUGUCAUCAUCAAAGCUUGAGAUUUAACCAAAACUUCGGACACUGUAGGUUGGACUGAAUUGGUCUGGACUAAUGUUGUUUCUGAUUUGUUUCAUGUAAAUAUACUUUGCUGCGAUUCAGACCUAUCAUCAUACUGCUGCUUUUUUCAAGUGAGUUCACUGUGUGAACAUGUAUAUAAUCUAAAAACAACAGCACUGGGCCAGAAUAAAUACAUAAAAAAUUUAAAAAGUGAGGAUACUACAAACAGCAAGACUUUCAGGUUACUGUAAUAAUUCAACACAAAUUUGGAAAACAGAACACUGCUUUUGUCUUGUGCUGUGUUAAAGGAGGCCUAACCCCAUGUGGUUGACUUAUGAGGCCUUUGACUGAAGUAUCACUCCUCUGCUUCAUCACCUCACUCUGAUGCAACACAGGGCGAGGUGUCUUUGGACUCUCCUGGUGCAGGAGGCGAGGCUCUAUGAAUGUCACAGAACUGUCUUUAAUUAGAAACGCUUGAUGUGAAUUAAUGAGACACGAUACAUUUGUAUUUUAUACAAAUACACAACAAAAAAUGAUUACACCUUGAAGCUGUGUGAGUUUGUUUUUUUAAAUGUUGUAUGUGUGUUUCUUUGUUUUGUCCUGUUGGGGGCAGCAGACCAGCUGGGUCGUCCCAGGAAAUGAAUCCGCACCUCCCACCUGAUACCCUUUUUCUACAGUAAAUUCAGCAUAUUUGA